AGCAAUUGCCAGUGCCAUUUGUAAGCUAAAUAUUUGUGAGAAACGUGUCCAGUUCAUUGUUUAUUUUUGUGAACAUUUACUUAAUUAUAAUGACGGAAAGUCACACUCCAACAAAUCGGCGCAAACUGUGCUUUAAUCGCACUCCGAAUGUGAAGAGCGAGAUCGUUUUUAACACGCUCAAUGUUAAUUCCAUUAAUGUGCGUUGCUUUACGCCGAUUCUUGGUGAAUUUCGCUCUCCCAAUUUGUCACCCAUUAUGAAUAUGCGGAGCUUAAAAAGUCCCGUAUCGCCUAUGAGCUUUAGGAAGCCCUUAAAGAAGAUGCAACAGCAACAAGAGCAACAACAGGUGGCGCCACCGCUGAUUAAAGUGUCUGGCGAAAAGAAGACGCCACCUAUGGAAGAGGACAACGAUAACAGUUUGAAUAACUUCUUAGAUGAUUCAAGCAAUGACAACAUUGAAACAUCGCUGACAGUGGAAACACGUCGUCGUUGCAAGCAGGCAAACAAUCACAGCUAUGUCAUCAAUCAUGCCAGCAAUGUGAAGGAAGUCCUGCUCAUGAUUGGCCUCGACCGAUAUCUGGAUACAUUUGAGAAAUCCCAUAUUGAGCUGAUCGAUUUAGUUUCCAUGAAACGCGCCGACCUCAAGAAGAUUGGUCUGCGCAGGAAUGAGGACUGUGAUUGUAUCUUGGAUGCCCUCAAGACGCUUUAAGUCUUCAAUCUUCAAGCGAUCGCUGGAUGAUUCGCCUGGUCUAUUUUCAAUAUUUUAAUGUGUGUUUUUCUGUAUUGUAUUAAUAAAUCAAAUAAUUUUGUGAAUAAACUUCAAAUACUGAACGUAAAAAA